CGGGCUGUCCGCCCCGCCUACCCAAGCGAGGCGGAGCCGGCGCCCGCCCGGAGGAGCCGGAGGAGGAGGAGAGGUCGGAGUCGUCUCCAGGAGCCCUUAGAGACGGAGUCCCCGGCAGCUGCUGUGGCGGCGGGGGCAGCGCACCGGCAGGCGGGUUGGAACUUCCUCAGGGAAAGUAUGGAGAGUUGAAUGGGGAAUCAUGUGAAUACAAUCAGUUGGGGAUUUCCCAAAAGUCAGACCAACCACAGCAACGGGCCCUUUUCCCAGAGCUACGCACUCCUCAGUUGGGCUUCUUGAGAUUUCAGAUUCAUUCCAUCACCUAAAACCUGGUAACGGUGGGCCACGCAGAGUCUUACUGGUGAAAGCCGUAACUGAAGAUGUCGGGCAAGACAGCCAGCACCAACAACAUCGCCCAGGCAAGGAGGACGGUGCAGCAGUUGAGGAUGGAGGCCUCCAUCGAAAGGAUAAAGGUUUCAAAGGCAUCAGCAGACCUCAUGUCCUACUGCGAGGAGCAUGCCAGGAGUGACCCUCUGCUGAUGGGGAUACCAACUUCAGAAAACCCUUUCAAGGAUAAAAAGACCUGCAUCAUCUUAUAGAGGAUCAGUGAAGCAGCUCCUCCCCUCUUCUCAACAAAGCAAACGAUGAGCAGCUCCUUGAAAGGAUUUACCUUCAGCUUAUUUGGUAACCACUGCUAAUAAUAACUAAAAUGCUCUUAACUUGGAAUCAUGGAUUCCAAAGUCUUUGUUUUCCAAGUUGUCCUUUCUCUAAAAUGCCCUUUACUGAAUUAAUACAGAAUAACAAUUUUGUUUUCCAUUUGUUAACUAUGGUGUCAUGUUGGGUUACUGCUGAAGGAAAGUUGGUCUGGCCUUUAAAAAAAAAAAAAACAAAUAUAUGAAUGAUCCAGUGAAGACCCAAAUUACCUAAGCACUCAUCUAGAUUAAAAUGCCAAUAACUUGUCCUAAAACCUUUCUGCCAUAGUAUGUUCUUAAUAGGGUUGUGCCAAUCUGUACAGUACACGUCAGUGAGGAGUAUUUUGUGUAUAUAUAUGUGUGUUUGUAUAUACACAUCUCAAAGCUUAUUUCCUUAUUAUGUCUCCCUCUCCAUACCAUCAGUUCAACUCUAGAAGUUAUACCUUUAUCUUGAGCUGUGUGUAGGUAGAAUUAAAUUCUUUUCUUGUAGUUGUUGUACAAAAAGUAAAGAACACCCUAAAGACUGUACUCGUUGUAAUUGACUAAUGAAGUCAUCUCUCUCCUCUUGAAAUCUUUCUGACCUCUUAGGUGACAGUAAACUGUGCCAAUUAAAAAUUAAAAACGGAACUAAAAGCCCUUUUAUGAUAUGAAUAUUAAUUCACCAAGGGCUUUCGGGCUUCAGUGAUCCUGACUCUAGAAAAGGGGAGGCGGCCCUUGGGGAGUACCCUGGAUAGCUGUGCCCCAGGGCUCACGUUCUCUGGAUCAGGGGUAGACACCUCUAAAAUUUCUACUCUAAGAUGGGAACGAGACAGAGCAGCCGUGAGUCCGGCUGAGAGAAGAGCAGGAGUGCGUGCAAACCAGCUGUUCUUCUUGGCCUAACUUUGUGAUUCAGCUCACUUUCUCUGCCUCCCCCCUCUCUCUCCUCUGCUGCCAGAGCACGUCUUCAGAGGCGGUGUUCACCUCCCCAGCCCCAAGUGGGUAGAUCACGGUGGGAAAGAAACAUACAAAGAAUGUGAAGGUGUCAGACACUUAAGCUCCUUUCAAAUAUCUGCAGCGUCAGUGUCAUCCCUACCUUGUCUUCACACCAUCCGAGAGAGGCUUGGAUUCAGUGGUUCACUCCCCGGGCCCACGGUUCCAGCAGCUGGGUGUUGGGAUCCUUGAUUUUCCUCUAGGCCUGAUGGUACUGCCACACAUCCUCAGAAUUUCCAGUGGGGAUCCCUAAAGACUGCUUGUCCUAUGGCCAGAGGGUAUGUUAACUUCAUCAAAGAGGAAGAGAGGGUCUUUUUAAACGCUUAUUCAUGGGCCUAAACCAUACCUUUGAUAUUUUAAUUCAGCUUCAGUUCAUUAAAAACAACUGCUAAUGAAGGAUUUAAAAUAGUCUCAAAAAAAGGUUUAACCCCAAGAAGGAAUUAUUUACAGUGUCUUUCCCCUAGUUCUGUACAGUUUUGCCCUGCAGUGCAAGCCCCUUUUAAAAUCUAACGUCUGAGCUUUGAGUAUUAUGCUAAUUGUGGGUGAACAAAUGCCGUACCGUUUUCAGACUGCUCAAAUAUAUUCCGUAUUUCUCCAAGUCACCUAUCUAUUCAGCAUGGUGAACUGCCCUCACUUUUCCAGGACCUUGUGGAAAUCACGCCACUGCCCUUACCCUCUUGUCAUCUAUGCUUGGUUCCGCAAAAUGCCCAGUUUCCAAGUAAAUUAUAGGCACCUGUUGGAGAGAGAAAGGUGUUUCCUUUCAAAAGGUGAAAUUUGAAAUGUACGUUAAGAGCACAACUUUACUGCUUCACUUAAUGAAACAUUCUUUUUUUAAUAAGUAUAUUUUUCUACUGAUAGUUUCAGAACACUAAUCUUAUUUUCACUCUGAUUUUUACCAUGUUUCUUUAAAUAUUUAUAAUGUAGCUUGUUACAAAAUAUUUUCUUGAAAUUACUUUUAUUAUACUGUUAUGUACACCUUUUUGGUAGCAAGCAUAGUUUAUUCUUUAGUACUAAAACAUGUUCUUUUACCUAACGGAAAACAAAUAUGGUUUGCUAUAUAUUUGUUAAUAUGCUUGUAGUGGUAAGGAAUGGACUUGAGGUCCCAGGAGGUUUCAUUUUUAUUUUUGCUGGCCAGAUAUCAUAAAGGCUACGAGUAUGAAAAUCAUGUAAUUUCCUAACCAGAUGUAGGACAUGUUUAAGAGACGUGCUAUCAAAUCCUUUGAUGCUGGACCCAAGGGGGAAAAAUUGUAGCUAAAUGUUGAUUUACUUAUAACCAGACAUCCAUGUGAGAAAAAUAUAAUAUAUGUAUACAUAUAGACGAUAUGCAGAAGUCACUUAUUUAUCAGGCUUUAUUCUACUUGUAAAGCCACAGUUUAACUAUUCAGCAGCAACUGAUGUAUAAAAAUGAUGGACAAAUGCCCAGUGUGUAUUUUUUCAAGCUACCACUAUAAUGACACACCUAACCCCUUAUGUACAUGCAGCUUCUUGGCUUCAUAUCUAUGAAGCUAUUUACAUAUGUUCACUAUACUUUGUCUUUAAUGCUGCUUCUGUUAAUAGUGAUCUCUUUUUCCAUCCUUAUAUCUUCAUUAGUUCAUGAUAAAUCUGUCCAAUUGAGGCCUCAGGACCAUGGCAAGAUAUGCUAGACAGAAUUUCAUGAUUCCAAAGUAUUUUACAGAAACACUCUUUCUUAGUAGAGAAACACUUUCUAUAACAGGUGGUUCACAAGCUAUAGGUUUUUUCUAAAAAGAAUCAGGUUUUUACAUUUCCUUACCUUAUCAUUAAGAUGAAAAGUGCCAUACUUACCCUUUAAAGGAAGGACCUGAUUUGCUUUCUCUCUUAUUGGGACUAUUUUUGUACUUUACUAAUCUUUCCACUAUCAGAAAAAAAAUUAUACCAAUGAUUUAGUAAUUUUGAGGCAUAAGUUAGUUUCGGUAGUAGAGGAUGCACCAAAAUUUCCCUGCAGAUGCUUUCUUCUCAAUUUGCAACUAAGUGUCAUCUGAGUGAUUACUCCGAAUUUUAAGAGCUGUAUAGGCCCAAGAAGUGAAUCACAGUACCUGUCAGUCCUUUCUCAAUAAAUGUAAUACCAGAGUGUAUUAUGACUUGUAUUGACUUUUUAUGGUAGAUCUGUUAAUAGGGUAAAAACAUUGAAUCAAGUAGAAUUAUCUGUAUGGUAAAACAGAGCACUUACCUAUAACUGGGUGGCCUGGAUCAUUGUCUGUCCAAUCCUGUGUACCUGUGUCGUGUGAUUUUGGACAAGAUACUCCAUCUCUCUGGGCCUCCCUUUCACCAUCUGUAAAACAAGGGGCUGGAAGUACGUGACGGCUGAGAUCCUCCGGGUCCGUCCAGCGGCCUCCCCCUCUCCUGGUCCUGCCGACGUGUUGGUGCUAUAUGCUGCUUCAAAUAUAAAAUGGGUUUGUCUAUUGAGUGUGCUCAUUUAAUAGCUUAUGAAAGGCCUUUUGUUAUAUGACUUUUUUUUCCUAGUUUUAUGGACUCGAUUACUGUAAUAAUGUCUUGUUUGUAGCCAUGUAACUAUAAACAUAUAUUCUCUUGAUGUCUCAGUGAAUUUGCAUUUGAUAUAUAGUUGAUGGGAUUGUUGUUUUAUAACAUUCUUUGACUACUCAUCUGUCCAGCAUCUUAUUAACCUAAACAUUGUGAUCAUUGUUUGGAAAUCCGUUCUGUGGAAAGAAUAAAAGCAUUUACUUCACAGCUAAUGUGUUCACAGCUUUGAAAGACGUUUCAUUAAAGCACCAUUGCUCUC